AUGAAAGCUUGGCUCGAUAGCAUUGGAUGUCGACAUUUACGUACAGCCCCAAGACAUCCCUGUUCGAAUGAUCAGGCUGAGUAUCUUGUGAAAACAGUCAAGAGUGCAAUGGCAUCCGCGAAUUCAAAAUCACUUGCAUACUUGGAGGCGUUUCUGGAUAACUUCCUACUGCAAUACCGGAACGCGACACAUGCGACUACCAAGGAAAGUCCGGCAAAGGUGUUUAAGUCACGGUGCCUGAGAUCUUCCCUGGAAUGUAUGGAUUCUACUGAUGUGAAAUACUUCAGGGGCAAACAUCUGCGCCCGGUUCGUGGCAUCCUCACUAGAAACUUGGGUCAGUCAAUGGUGGAGAUAACCGAUUUGACAGAUGCAUCGGUCCACCGACGGCACAUCGACCAGAUACACUUCAGAGACGAACGAACUGUCAGUGCAUCGGAACCCCAUGAUAAAGAGGAUAACCCUACCAAUUCUGAACUGCCUAAAUCGGACACAACGGUUCCUCAAUGUCAUGAUGUUGAACACUAA